UCCUGUUCCUGUUAUCCAAUUCCAAAAUGGCAUCCCAAGCAGACGCAUCUUCAGUGACUUCACCUGAAAUUAAAAGAAAGAAAAGGAGCAUUAACUUUAGCAAUACAGAAAUAUUGAAAUUGGAAGAGCUGGUUAAAGAUGAGAAAACAUUUUCAAUAUUAACUAAUAAAUUUUCAAACACUGUAAAUAAUAAAAUGAAAAAAGAUAUGUGGACGAAAAUUGCUGAAGUAAUUUCUGCACAAGGAAUUGCAGUUAGAACUGCGGAUGAAUGUAGUAAUAAAUGGCAGAACUUGAAAAGAGAGAGCAAGGCAGCAGUUACCAGUGAAAAGUUAGAAAAGUUCGGAUCGCCGAAAUGUAUAAAGAUUCGGCAUCGUUCAAUGGGAUUAUUGGAGGAUUGGACAGCGAUGAAGCUGAUGGUCGUCACUUUCUGUCCAACACCACAGUUGCGCCCCCUGUGGGAACAGUUGGACAAACGGAGCAGUCAAGUGAGUGUUGUAAUAAAGGUCCAGCAAAGAAGCAAAAGAAGUUUGCAACUAAGUCUGAAGAACUGCAGUACUGGCAGGUACAAUACUUCAUAGGGGAGGUGGAAAAGCAGGAACGGGAGAAACAACUACUUGAUAUAAGGAUUCGAAUGCUGCUGAAAGAGGAAAUGAGACGUGACCAGAACGUUGUAGAUGAGAUCAUCAAUGGAAAAUUUUUCGAGGACGAAAUAUAAUGGUUAUAUUGACUUAGUUGCCUCAGUGCUUUAUUGAAUACAAAUUGAUUAACAUUGAUUAUUUUAAAUGAAUAUAAAAAAAGUGUUUUUUAGCAAUAAUUGUGUUAUAUUAUACCCUAUAUAUUUAAUGUCCUUACAUAAAUUUG